GAGCAAAACAAAACAAGGAAUCAAAAAGUGUGGAAAUUGAUCUGCAGACCCUAUUUGUAGCCAUGAAAAGGUUGCUCAAAUCACUGCACCCCUUUUGAAUUCAACUAAGUUCACUUUUGGGGAUGAGAGUUACUACUCCUGUGCUUAGCAGCAAAAUAAAUCCUCCCCAAAGCUGAACUGUCUAUUUCCCCUUUGAUGCACAUUAGCAGAAUUCUCCCAAAUCCCUUCAUCUGGGUCUCUAGUCUCUACUUCUGCUUGUAUCGUUUCCCAAUGGCAAGUUCUUACAUGAACAAGAACCAGGCUCCCCGGGAUCGGCCGUGGCCGGAAUUCCCUACCUCGAAGGGUUUAGGGAGCUUUGGGGAUGCUAAUUGUAUGGAACAGCUUCUGGUUCACUGCGCCAACGCGAUAGAGAGCAACGACGCCACGCUGGCUCAACAAAUCCUCUGGGUCCUUAACAACAUUGCACCGCCGGACGGGGACUCCAAUCAGCGCCUCACGUGCGCUUUUCUCCGAGCACUCAUAGUCCGUGCUGCGAAGAGCGGAACGUGCAAGUUACUCGCCGCAAUGGCAAACGCCCGCUGCAACCUUGCCAUAGAAAAUCACAAAUUUUCCGUUGUUGAGCUCGCUAGCUUCGUCGACUUGACCCCCUGGCAUCGGUUCGGGUUCACCGCCGCAAAUGCUGCGAUUCUAGAAGCGGUGGAAGGGUAUUCCGUUAUUCACAUCGUUGAUUUCAGUCUGACACAUUGCAUGCAAAUCCCUACACUGAUUGAUGCAAUUGCAAAUCGAGUAGAGGGACCGCCAUUACUGAAGCUAACAGUGGCGGGCGCUACCGAAGAUAUCCCGCCUAUGCUCGAUCUUUCAUAUGAAGAAUUAGGUGCUAAGUUGGUUAACUUCGCUAGGUACCGUAACAUCAUGUUGGAAUUCAGAGUAAUUCCUUCGAGUUACACAGAUGGAUUCGCCUCCUUCAUCGAGCAGCUUCGGGUGCAACAUUUAGUUCAAGCGGAAAGUGGUGAAGCUUUAGUCAUAAACUGCCACAUGAUGCUCCAUUGCAUACCGGAAGAAACACUUUCUCCUCUUCCUGAAGUGCCAGAUUCAAACUCAUGCCCUUACGAGCCGUCUACCUUGUCUAGUCUUAGAACAAUGUUUCUCAAGGCACUCCGGGGAUUGGAUCCGACCAUUGUUGUGUUGGUGGAUGAGGAUGCAGAUUUGACAUCAAACAAUUUGGUAUGUAGGCUAAGAUCUGCAUUCAAUUACUUAUGGAUACCUUAUGAUACUGUGGAUACGUUUCUUCGACAAGGGAGCAAGCAAAGGCAGUGGUACGAGGCUGAUAUUUGUUGGAAGAUUGAGAAUGUGAUAGCAUAUGAAGGGCUGCAGAGAGUGGAGAGGCUGGAGCCAAAAGGCCGGUGGGUGCAGCGGAUGAGGGAUGCUGGUUUUAGGGGGCUGGAGCUUGGGGAAGAAGUGGUGUCAGAGGUGAGAGGUAUGCUUGAUGAGCAUGCAGCUGGGUGGGGAGUGAAGAAGGAAGAGGAAGAUCAUCUUGUGCUUACAUGGAAAGGACACAAUGUUGUAUUUGCUACUGCUUGGGCUCCUGCUUGAGGCUUUAGUACACUACUCCGAACAUUCUUUUGGGGUAUGAUUAUCUCUAGUUCAUGACUUAGUGAUGUAUUCAAUAUUUCUCUUUGACUAUAAGUGAUAUAUAUAUUCAAUAUUUCUCUGAGUAUAUUUUAGAGUCUAGGGUAGAUCAAAGCUAAUUGUAAUGUUUGAAGGAUGUCACUAAGAGAAAGGACACAAUGUUGUAUUUGCUACUGCUUGAGGCUUGAGGCUUGAGGCUUUAGCACACUACUCCAAACAAUUUUUUUGGGGUAUUAGUUAUCGCUAGUUCAUGACUUACCGAUAUGUUAAAUGUUUCUCUUUUACUAUAUUUUAGGGUCUAGAUCAAAGCUAAUUGUACUGUUAUGUGUAGUAUCAUUAUAACCUAAUGCAGAUGAGUACAUUCCAAUAUAUGUGUCUUUGUGCC